AUGGCACGGCUUGCUUUUUCGCUCUCAACUGUGCUAUGUGUGGGCAUGUUCUUUGUAGGGCUUUGGCUCCCCUUGGUGGCACCCCGCCAACUAGAGGAAGCCACAAUGUCCGUAAGGUUCGACCGAUGGAUGGAAAACCAUGUGGUCGAAUACGAGAGCAUCGAAGAGAAGGAGAAACACUUCAAUGUCUUCAAGGAAAACCUCAGGUUGAUAGAGUCUAGCAAUGCAGAGAAGCGAUCCUACAAGCUGAGCCUCAACAAGUUCGCUGACUUGAGUCUGGAUGAAUUUCGGGAGCAGUACAUGGGCUUGAGGGCAGAUGUUGCUACUCGUAAGAAGGCCCCGGUGGGAUCUUUCAUUUAUGCCAAUGUAUCGGCAUUGGCACCGGCACUAGCAUAUGAUAUCAUGGAUUGGAGGGAGGAAGGCGUAGUAACUCCGAUCAAGGAUCAACAAGAUUGUGGAAUGCUUAUGUGUUGUUGGGCGUUUCAAACUGUGGCUGCAGUCGAGAGCAUAACAAAGAUCGAGACUGGAAACUCGGUGUCUUUGUCUGAGCAAGAAUUGGUCGACUGCAUCACUGGUGGCACCAACCGAGGUUGUCAAGGCGGCUCGAUGGACGGACGAGGCAUUUCGGUUCAUCAUAAAUAA